AUGAAUUCAAUAGCUCAAAGAUAUACCAAUGCACAGAACAAUGAUGUAUUAAACGAGAUAAGCUCAAUUAAUUCAUCACGUACGUCGCACCAACAAUUUAACUUGGCUCCUUCAAUUGCCGUUCCUCCAAUUUCACAACCUACAGACUUCUUGAGAGCACAUACUGAUGAUUCAAAGAAUCCAGAUUGUAAAAUUAAAAUAGCGCAUGGUACAACUACGUUAGCUUUCCGUUUCCAAGGAGGUAUCAUUGUUGCAGUUGAUUCGCGUGCUACCGCUGGUAACUGGAUAGCAUCACAAACAGUCAACAAGGUUAUCAGAAUCAAUCCUCAAUUACUAGGUACAAUGGCUGGUGGUGCCGCAGAUUGUCAAUUCUGGGAGACUUGGUUAGGUACGCAAUGUAGAUUACAUGAAUUGAGAGAGAAGGAAAGAAUAUCCGUCGCUGCGGCUUCAAAGAUAUUGAGUAACUUGGUAUAUUCUUACAAGGGCAUGGGAUUAAGUAUGGGAACAAUGGUUUGUGGUCAUACAAAGAAAGAAGGACCAACCAUAUAUUAUGUUGAUUCCGAUGGAACUCGUUUGAAAGGUGAUUUGUUUUGUGUCGGUUCAGGUCAAACAUUUGCCUACGGUGUCUUGGAUUCAGAAUAUAAAUGGGAUUUAACGGUUGAUGAAGCAUUGUAUUUGGGAAAAAGGAGUAUCUUGGCUGCUACUCAUAGAGAUGCGUACUCUGGUGGUUCAGUUAAUUUGUACCACGUAAAUGAAGAAGGGUGGACCUACCAUGGUAAUUACAAUGUGGGCGAUUUAUUUUGGGAAGUUAAAGAAAAGGAAAAGUCAUUUGUGAAUGUUGAUGGGUAG